AGCAUCGAUAUUCCUUAUUUUUGUCUCGGACAUGUAUCAAGCCUCAGAUUCCAUUCCUUCUGAAGGGCCCAAAUUCAACACUUCAGGGUGCGAUUGUAUCAGCGUACGCCCUAACUCGCAUGCUUGUACUACCGAGGAUUGGACUCAGAUUUCCGAUCUCGCGGCACGGCGACGCAUUCAGAACCGCAUUGCUCAGCGAACACAUCGUCUAAAGAUAAAACAACGCUUGAAGCAUCUUGAGGAACAAGUUGCCCAAGACCGGAUAAUGUCUGAUAAGACCCCUGUAUCCGUCGUUCUAAUGUCUGACGCAGAAUUGGAUGGGCCGGGGCUCCUUCAGUCGUCCGAUUCCGGUGCAAUUGGUAUCAGAAACCGAUGCAGCGAGUCACAGUCAGGUCAUUUCCGGAGAAGUCGGGAUUCUCCGUUCUCUGAGCCAGAUCCGAGUGGGUUGGCGGUCGCUGCAGCACCGCCUUUUCCAAUGUCUUAUCGACAGUACACGUAUCCCGAUUCGCCUGAGCUCGAACGUUGCCGUGAAGAGUGGAAAUCCAAACCAACUAACUCUUCGGAGCAAGUGUACGUUCAUUCCGAACCUAGUCCUCACCCUUGGGCGAUACCGUCUCAGGAUGGACAAGUUUCAGCAUCAGUGGAACAACCCUUUCCAAAUGAUAAAAAAGAAGCAUCUAACAUGGACGGCAUUCAAAAUCCGAUGGUCGGGAUUAAUCCAUGUCCUAUAAUGUGAUCGGCUCGAACAUUUCGAGCAUUUUUGUAUUUUCGCUUAUUGAAUUCUGAGUGCACAAUGGUCAAAUCUUCACAGACCACCUUUGCUGUUUAGUCCAUGGCAGCUCAUGGCAACGAAUAGAACUAAGGAUAAUAGGAUGAAAAUUACGCUCUAAAUGCCCCGUGGCACUUACAAGCAUGAUCGGCUUAUCUGUUGAAUAGUCCGCUAUCCCAAAUAAUUCUCUGGUGAUUCGCAGUG